AUGCGUGAAAGUAUUUUCGAUGCAAAAUACUGGCUCAUCAUAGUCUUCAUCAUCGUGCAGAACUUUGUUAACUCUGGUAUCACGAAUUUCAACACCUUCAUCAUCAGAGGGUUUGGAUUCUCCAAUUUCAGAACUAUGCUUCUAGCCACUCCUCAAGCAAGUGUUGCUAUGGUUGUUUCACUUUUGGCAGCAGCGGCAACCUAUUUCAUAAAAAACAUAAGAUGUGUUUUGAUUUGCUUUACCUCAGCAGUUACAAUGACGGGUAUUAUAAUGAUUUGGAAAAUAUCCCCAGAAACACACAGAAGUGCCUGUCUGGCGGCAAUAUAUAUUUGCGGUUUCUUCAAUACUCCUUAUGUUCUUGCGCUGUCUCUAUUCUCGUCAAAUACCAGUGGAGACACCAAAAAAGCGUUUACUUCUUUCAGUGUUGGUGUGUUUUACGCAUUAGGAAAUUUAAUAGGCCCUCAAUUUUUCCUGAACUCCGAAAGUCCCACUUACCAGACUGGUAUCAAGGCUAUGCUGGCAGCCUGUGUUAUCAUGAUGUUCUGUGCCUCAUCUUAUGCCAUUCUCUGCACUUUGGAAAACAGAAAGAGGGAUAGAGAGCAUUUAGAAGACCCUCAGAAUGUUAUAACUUCCAUAGAGAUUGGUGAAGAGGUCGACAGACAAAACUUGACAGAUGUCCAAAACAGACAUUUCCGCUACACGAUAUAA